AGUUUGGAGUCUUGUUGGGAGUCUGAUUUGUGAGUGAAAACGUCAAAAUGAAGACAUUCAUCGUUCCUCUCGCAGCCAUGCUGGUCGCUGUCAGCUUGGCCAACGAAGUGCACCGCACCUAUGACAGUGAUCAUCAGCACAAGCGAUCACAGCUGCAGAGCGGCCGUCAAGCCGUGGGCUACGACCCCAUUGAAACUACUUCCGAGUUCUGGCAGCAGAAGGCCCAAGAUAUCCUGAAAGCCAAACUCAACGAAGUUCCAACCGUUACGAAAGCCAAGAACGUGGUCUACUUCAUCGGUGACGGCAUGUCCGCGCAGACGAUUGCUGCCACCCGUAUGUACAUGGGCAAUGAAAACCGAAUGCUUUCGUUCGAGCAGUUCCCGUACCUGGCCACGGCCAAAACCUACUGCGUUAACCGACAGGUACCGGAUUCGGCUUGUACGGCUACUGCAUUCAUGUCCGGAGUGAAGAAUAACUACGGCAUGAUCAAUGUGGGUCCCCAUGUUCCGCGCUACAAUUGUGAAUACAAUCGCACUGAAGCCGAAUUCCUUGGACUGCUCAAGUGGGCUCAGGAAGCCGGUAUGGCUACCGGAUUAGUGACGAACACCCGAAUUACCCACGCCACUCCAGCGGGAACGUACGCCAGUGUUGCGGAUCGGGACUGGGAAGACGAUUCCUUCGUAAAGAAAGCCGGUUGCGAUGUAAACGAGUACCCCGACAUCGCCCACCAGCUGAUUCACGGAGAAGUCGGAAAGAACUUCAAGGUGAUUUUGGGUGGAGGUCGUGCGCAUUUCGUCCCUUCGACGCAGAUGGACGACGAGAACGUGGCUGGUUCUCGCACGGAUGGAAGAAAUCUGAUCAACGAAUGGAAGGAGGCUCAUCCCGGCAAUUCCGAGUAUGUGUGGAACAAGGCGGGUCUCCAAUCGAUCGAUGUCGAAAACACCGAGAACGUGUUGGGUUUGUUCCAGAGCGGUCACUGCCUGUACAAUUUGGAAAUUGAUGACCUAAAGCUGGGAGCAGUCAAACCAAAGCUGUCCGAAAUGGUGGAAGUGGCACUGAAGGUCUUGAGCAACAGCGCGAACGGAUUCUUCCUGUUUGUUGAGGGAGGAAAAAUUGAUAUGGCCCAUCACGGAACGCAACCCCGGUUGGCACUGGAGGAAACGGUCGAGUUUUCCCGGGCGAUUGAGCUGGCGCACAAGAUGACCAACGUGGAGGACACGCUGAUUGUGGUGUCGUCGGAUCAUGGGCACACGAUGACCUACAAUGGUUACACGAAACGCGGCAGCGACAUCCUCGGCAUUGCCGACGUCAGCGACGAAGAUGGGCUCCCGUACACCACCCUCAGCUACGCCAACGGUGCAGGCUACUACCGGACCUACAAGGACGCCAACCACGCCGAACGAGAGGACAUCAGCGGGUACAAUUAUGAAGACUACAAUACUCAGUACCUGGCGACGGUUCCGCUGAGCUCGGAAGCCCACGGUGGAGAAGAUGUGGCCGUCUUUGCCAGCGGCCCGUUGGCGCACGUCUUCCGGGGGAACAUCGAGCAGAACGUUCUGCCGGAUUUGAUUUCCUACGCGGCCAAGAUCGGUCAGUACCUGGAGAACGGCGGUGAAGGGGACGGUGGGGACGAUGGAGACGGUGACGGUUCCGGAUCUUCGCUGAUGGUGUGCAUUCAGUUGACGGUUGUUUGCGCGGUUGCAGCCCUGUUCGCUCAGCUCAAGUGGUAGUGUCCUGCGCGGUUGGGGGGGGGUUAAAAUAUAAGAUCCUAGAUUAUUGUAAAAAUGUGUUUUGCUGUGCAAAGUGAUUGUCGAAUUCCUGAGACAGAUAUGAAUAAAAAGGAGCAAGUGAUAUUUGU